UGCUAAUCUGCGUCGUCCAAGUAACGUGUUGUCUAUUGCUAUGGUUGCCAAGUCGGUGGCCUCCUGGGACGAGAAGCGCGCGGUGUGCGGCAACUGCAAGCAUAUUUUCCUCAAAGCCCAGAGCCGAAUCGCGGGCUACUGCUCCGUCGACUGCCACGCCAAUGCCACGUACCUCGACACGGUGCAGCAGCGCAUUCGGGCCAUGCGACUGGCCGCCAACGAACCGACGCCCGCCGAGCCGGUGGUGGCAGCAGCGCCCGUCACGGUGGACGGCUCAAACAGCACGUUCGCCGACUUUUACACGGCAAAGCUGUCGCCUGGGCACGCCGUCGAGUGGUCGUUUAGCGCCAUGUACUAGAUGUCAUUUUGUAGUUUUAAAUCCCAUUAUUUAAUUGAAUAGAUCUUUAUGUAGUAGCCAAA